UCUUGAUCUUUUUUGUUACUGGAACGAAUGAAACGAACAUCAUGCUUAUCAAGAAAUUAAGCAUGAAGUAAGAGGCAAAAAUGGUGGCUUAUUUCAUGCUUUAGUUCUUGAUAAGCAUGAUGAUAUGUCAAAAAUGGUGGCUUGAUGUUGUUGAUAGGUCAAAAAUGGUGGCUUACUUCAUGCUUAAGUUGUUGAUAGGUCAAAAAUGGUGACUUACUUCAUGCUUAAGUUAUUGAUAUGUCAAAGAUUGUGGCUUACUUUCCAACAUAUGAUAGUUGUAAAGAUUGCAUUUACAACUCAUCUACAGCUAAGUUUCUUAAGCUUUAAGAAGCUAGUUGUAACCUCCUCUAUCUAGUAUAAAUAGAGGUCUUGUGUUAUAGGGUUGUAAUCCCAUGUUGUGAGUGAAACAGAGAGAGAGAAGAGUUUAGAGAGAAAAUGGAGAUUUAUCCUAAAACUCAAUUGUCUUUCAUUUGUUAGUGUAUUUCCUUUUGUUAUAAGAGAGAGGGUAUUAUCAAUUGUGUUCUCCUUAUUGCAGAAGAGAAAUUGUUGUAUCCUUUUGUUAGAGUAAAGUCCUACAAUUUGCCUAUCAUCUUGUGUUUCACUCGUUUCAUAGUUUCUACUUCAGUUGUAAUUAGGUGCCCCAUACCACAACGUUCCUAACAAUGAACAUUAAUUGAUCAUAAACUGCUGUGUUUGAAGUCAAUCCGAUCCCAACUUCCCACCGAACCAGUGGGGAAGAGAAACCAGUAAACACAAAUACAUGUUUUCCAUGAUAGUUAAUUCCAGACCUUGAAAUAGCUAGUGUUGAAAGCUUCUGGGGUUACUCAUAUAUAUAGUCCUUGGACACUUACUCUUCUACGAGUAGGAAAUUAGGUUUCAUCGGAAAUGAGCAUACAUAGAACCUCUACAUCUUUCCCCCCUUCACCUCCUCAGUGGAAAAAUGAUGUCUUUUUGAGUUUUAGAGGUGAGGAUACUCGAAAGGCUUUUACAGACCAUUUAUACACUGCAUUAGAUCAUCAAGGCAUCAUAACUUUCAAGGAUGAUCCUCAACUUCAAAAGGGGGAAGCUAUUUCUCCAGCACUUUUUACUGAAAUUGAAGAAUCAAGAUUUGCUCUCAUUGUUCUCUCACAACAUUAUGCAUCGUCAACAUGGUGCUUGGAUGAACUUGUAAGAAUUCUUGAAUGUAUGAAAGCAAGAGAAACUGUGCUGCCAAUUUUCUAUGAUGUUGAUCCUUCUGAUAUACGAAAGCAAACAGGGAGUUUUGGAGAAGCCUUUGCUAAUCAUGAAGAAAGGUUUAGGGAUGACAAAGAGAAAGUGCGAAGGUGGAGAUAUGCUUUAACAGAAGUGGCAAGUUUCUCUGGGUGGAAUUCAAAGGAAUGGUAUGAAUCAAAGCUGAUUAGAGAUAUUGUUGGAGUUAUAUGGACAAAAUUGCAACCUACAUCAUUCAGUUUUGGAGAAAAUCUAGUUGGGAUUUACUCAAGAUUGCAGCAAGUCAAUUUUCAUUUAGGUGUAGGGGUGGAAGACGUCCGCUUCAUUGGGAUAUGGGGAAUGGCCGGGAUUGGUAAGACAACUAUGGUAAGAGUGGUGUAUGAGAGAAUUGCUCGUGAGUUUGAAUUUAGUUUCCUUCUUACCGAAGUUAGAAACUCCGUUGAAAAAAGUGGUCUACUUAAUUUACAAAAGCAACUUCUCUCUGGGAUUUGGACAAAAAGGGCCGACAUAUCAGACCUUCAUGAAGGAGCCACCAUUAUAAGGAGGUUGUUAGGUCACAGAAAAGUUCUUCUCAUUCUUGAUGAUGUGAACCAUUCAAGUCAUUUAAAAUAUUUGGCAGGAAACCGAGAGUGGUUUGGUUCAGGGAGUAGAGUUCUUAUCACAACAAGAAAUGAGCGUGUAUUGAUUGAACAUGGUGUGGAGAGAAGAUUGAAGGUCGAAGAAUUAAAUGAUGAUGAUUCUCUUCAGCUUUUUAGCUGGAAAGCAUUCAAAAGAGGUUACCCCGAAGAAUAUUUUCUUGGUUUGUCAGAAUCUGUUAUAAAUUAUGCCAAAGGUCUUCCUUUAGCUCUUGAGGUACUGGGUUCUUUUUUGCAUGGAAGAGAUUUAAGUGAAUGGAACAGUGCACUGAGAAAAUUGGGAAGAGUUUGUAACUUGGAAGUUUUUGACAUACUUAAAAUAAGUUACAAUGAUCUAGAUUCCGAAGAGAAGAAAAUAUUCCUAGAUAUUGCAUGUUUCUUUAAUGGACAAGACAAAGAUCGAGUAACAGAAGUAUUAAACAGUUGCGAUUUUUCUGCAAUUAUUGGAAUAAAAAUCCUGAUGGAAAGAUCUCUCCUGACUGUUUCGCAUGGAAGGCUAAGGAUGCACGAUUUGCUCCGAGAAAUGGGACGGGAAAUUGUCCGUCGGGAAUCUCUUAACAAGCCAGGCAGGUGCAGUAGGUUGUGGCUUCUUGAAGAUGUCAAACAUGUCUUGACUAAUAAUACUGGAACUGAAGCAAUAGAAAGCAUAUAUAUGGACUCAACCGAGUCAGAAGUACAGGUGGACGUGAAUCGAAAAUCAUUUUCAAUGAUGAAAAAAUUGAGAUUCCUGAAGAUUAAUAAUGGGAAUCUACCUAAGGGGCUUGAAUAUCUUCCCAAUAGUUUACUGAUUGUUGAUUGGACGAGGUAUCCGUUAAAAUCUCUACCAUCACAUUUCAACCCUCAGAAGCUGCUCGAACUUAGCCUGUGUCACAGUUGUAUUAAACAUUUCCGGAUAGGAACUGAGCCUUUAUACAAUUUGAAAACCAUUAAUUUGAGUCACUCUCUGAAUCUUGUCAGCACCUCAAACUUUAAAGGUAUGCCAUAUCUUGAGAUUUUGUGUCUUGAAGGUUGUAUAAGAUUGUAUGAGGUUGGCCCUGGAAUUGAAGUGCUUGAAAGACUUACUGUGCUGAACUUGAAAGGUUGUAAGAAUCUUGUGCAUUUUGCAAGCAGUGUAAGUGACUUAAAAUCUCUCAAAGUUUUGAAUCUUUCUGGUUGCUCAAAGGUUAACAAACUACCAAAUGACACGGGUCAUUUGGAGAGUUUGGAGGAGCUUUAUCUGAAUGAUACUGGCAUAAAAGAACUACCUACAUCUACUGGAAUGCUUGAAAGACUUUCACUGCUAAAGAUGGAAGAUUGCAAACAUCUUGUGUGUCUUCCAAGCUGUGUAGGUGGUUUAAAAUCUCUCAAAGAUCUCAAUCUUUCUGGUUGCUUAAAGCUUGACAACUUGCCAGAUGAGUUGGGUCAUAUUGCUUGUUUGGAGAAGCUUGAUGUGAGUGGUAGUGGCAUAAGAAAAGUGCCCUCCUUUAUUCGUCUUUUGAAAAACCUCAAAGAAUUAUCUUUUGCUAGAUGUAAAGCACAGUCACCUAAAUCAUGGAAUAUGAUGUUCAACCCCUUUCAGUUAUUGCGAAAAAAAAGUCACAUUCCCACAGGAUUGUCAUUGACUUGUUUAUCUGGUUUGCAUUCAUUAACCUACCUGGAUCUAAGUGACUGCAAUCUUUCUGAAGAAGCAAUCCCCAGUGAUUUUGGAUGCUUAGCCUCAUUGAGAAUAUUACAUUUGAGCAAAAAUCAAUUUGUUGGACUACCUAAGAGCAUCAGCCAACUCUCUAGACUUGAAUAUCUUCGCUUGGAUUCGUGCUGCAAGCUUCAAACUUUGCCAGAGCUUCCAACUCGUUUAUGGGUAAACCUCAGCAACUGCAUUUCAUUAGACAAAUCGUCCAAUCAAGUGGAAAAAAUGAUCAGUACUCACUUUUUCAAAAUGGUGGAGAAUGAAAGCUAUAAGAGUACAGCACUUUCAUUGCUAACACGCUACUUGAAGUUUCAACAUUGGAGAUUUUCGGUACAGUCUAACCGUAAUUUGUUUUGCUUUGUUGCUCCUGGAAAUGAAAUACCAGAGUGGUACUAUCACCAAAGUGUGGGGUCUUUGAUAACUGUGGAGCUGCAUCCAGGUUGGUUUAAUAACAAGUGGAAGGGAUUCGCCUGGUGUGUCAUUUUUAGACUCUCCAAACCAUUCUCGCCUUGGGUUGAGUUUAAAUUGCAGUGCUCAUUGACGGCCAAUGGAGAGUAUUUGGGUGGCAGUUUUGUAAAUUUUGAGGGAAAGUGGGCUCAACCUGUGUUGGAUCACAUUUGGUUCUUCUAUGUGCACCGUGAUGAUGGAAUUGGAUACUUUUUUAAACAUGAGUGGCAGGAUAUCUACUAUCAGCUUGAAUUCUCAUUUAAACUCACCAUGAAGGAGUUCGGGAAGAAAGUGGCAAUUCCGCAAAUGAACAAGUGUGGGGUCCGUAUGGCAUAUGAGGAAGAUGUGGAGGAGUUUUGGCAAACAUUAUUGAAACAGGGCAAUAUCAAGCGAGGCCUUCAACACUCUGAAGAUGAUGAUGCAGCAUCUAGUAGUCCAAGUCAGGCUCAUCCAAAAAGAUUUAAACAACUCCACCAUGACGGCGCAGGACCCUGUGGAACCCCAUACAUUAAUGACCAGAAACAUGGUUAAUGCACUUUUCCUUCCUUUUUUUUUUGUGUAAAAAGAUUGCUCGCUUUCUUAUGAACACAUGCAUUAUUUUUCAUUUGGUUACUUAUGCCCGCCGAUGUGAUUGAUCCUCUGCUC